AGGCAUUAAGGCAAAGGAAAACAAAGUUAGGUCUUGACUUUGAUUCAUUUUUCUGCUCUGCCAUACUUUCCAGCUAUGAGGUGACCUCAGAUAAGUGAAGGCUUUCUGUUUUUGUGAUGCUGAGGCUUGAAUCCAGGGCCUGGCACUUAGUCACAUCCCUUGCUGGAGUAAGUGCUUUUUUUUUGUUUGUUUGUUUGUUUGUUUCCUUUUUUGGGGUGGGGAGGUACCAGGGAUCGAACCUGGGAUGGAGUGCUGUCUUGAUCUUCAUUUCCCCUAUCUGUAAUAUGGGCUAGUUUAAAACACACACACUGGGGAUUAAACCAGGCUUUCACACAGACUAGGCUAGGCAGGUCUCUACCACUGAACUACAUCUAGGCGGGGGCUGGCUGUCUCAAUCCCUCUCACAGUAGUCUCACAGCUACUGGGAAGAGUGGAAAUCCGUAAAGUACAGAAACUUCGCUGGGUUUAGUUCCCCAGCUCCUUGGAACAAGAACCUCUCUGCGGGGACACAAACCCUCUUAGGUCGCUGCAGUUUAGUUUUAAAGCUACAAUCUGUUCCCCGCCCCUCUCCCCUGACCAUGCUGGGGGCGGGGCGGUUAAACAUCUCUGUGACGUCAGCAUUCGUAGGGCCAAUCCUCCUGGCCGAUAGACGUUAGCUCGUUUGCAUGAGUCGCCGGUCAUUGGUCUUUUGGGCAAUGCUGGGUGAACAGGCUUUUAAAGGCGCCGGGUAGUAUAAACAAGGAGCUGUGGGGCGGCUGAGUCAUGAUGUCAUCGCAGCGCUGCAGCUCUUGGGGGUGACGUCAUCGCCCGGAAGGUUUCCUGCUCUUUGGACCAUACUGACUCCAUAGGCCGGUUUAAGAGGCUGCCCCUGCCUCGCCUUGUCCGAGAUCAGACCCCAUUGCACUCCAGUGGCCUAGGAGGGGGCUAUGACACAGGUUGUGAGUCCCGGCCCAGCCCAUCCACCUCCCUGCCCCCCUGAUGCAACCAUGGGUGCUGGCAGUGACUAGUUGGCCACCCUCUGCUGCUGUAGGUCAAUCUGCAGGACCCAGAAGUGUUCCAGGCCAGCUCUGGGGAAGUCCUACCAGGGCCUCCUCUCUGUGGUACAGCCCCGGCCACGAGGGCCCCCUGGCCAGCCCACCUUCCCGGGAUGAGCACUUACCCCCCCAGCAGCCGCGGCCCCGACCACCACACCUCCCCAUAGAGGAGCACCGAGCCUCGGCUCCUGCCGGCGGGAGCCCCCGAAUGCUGCACCCAGCUACCCAGCAGAGCCCGUUCAUGGUUGACCUCCACGAGCAGGUGCACCAGGGACCUGUCCCUCUGUCCUACACAGUCACUACAGUGACCACCCAAGGCUUCCCCUUGCCUACAGGCCAACACAUCCCUGGCUGCAGUGCCCAGCAGCUCCCAGCAUGCUCCGUGAUGUUCAGCGGGCAGCACUACCCCCUGUGCUGCCUCCCACCCCCGCAGCUAAUCCAGGCGUGCACCAUGCAGCAGCUCCCUGUGCCCUACCAGACCUACCCCCACCUCAUCUCCAGUGACCACUAUAUCUUGCAUCCUCCACCGCCGGCUCCACCACCCCAACCUGCCCACAUGGCACCUCUUGGGCAGUUUGUAUCGCUGCAGACCCAGCACCCACGUAUGCCCCUGCAGCGGCUUGAUAAUGAUGUGGACCUGCGGGGGGACCAGCACCCACUGGGUGGCUUCAGUUAUUCCACCUCUGCCCCUGGCCCAGCUUUGUCCACUUCAGUGCCCCUGCACUAUCUGCCCCAUGAUCCACUGCACCAGGAGCUGUCCUUUGGCAUGCCGUACUCCCACAUGAUGCCACGGAGACUGAGCACCCAGAGAUACCGCCUGCAACAGCCGCUGCCGCCACCCCCGCCCCCACCCCCACCACCUUAUUACCCCAGCUUCCUGCCCUACUUCCUCUCCAUGCUGCCAAUGUCGCCAACAGCGAUGGGGCCCACCAUCAGCCUGGAUCUGGAUGUGGAUGACGUGGAGAUGGAGAACUAUGAGGCCCUCCUGAACCUGGCCGAGCGGCUGGGAGAUGCCAAGCCCCGAGGCCUCACCAAAGCAGACAUAGAGCAGCUCCCAUCUUAUCGCUUUAACCCAGAAGGCCAUCAGUCAGAGCAGACGCUGUGUGUGGUCUGCUUCAGUGACUUCGAGGCACGGCAGCUGCUCCGCGUCCUCCCCUGUAACCAUGAGUUCCACGCCAAGUGUGUCGACAAGUGGUUGAAGGCCAACCGGACGUGUCCUAUUUGCCGGGCUGACGCCUCUGAGUUCCUGGGGCAGGCGGAAACAGGUUCACGGAUUGUGUCGUCUGCAGCAAUGAUUCCAGCAAGCAGCUACUGGGGGGGAUACAACAUUUUAAAAAUCAUAAAAAAAAGAUUUAUGAAACAAUUAUUUAGGAUUGUUUGUGAUUUGCUGACCUUGCUAUAGAUGCCAUGUUACCAAUGAUUUCCUGUGGUGGGGGCUUGUCAUUGUUUACUCUUUUAUUUACCAACUUCUGGCCUAGGCAUGACAGUGGGCACCUUCCCCCAGCCCUGGCUGGGCCCAGCGCCUGUGUUCUGUUAGAAAGUUUUUAUAUACGUAUAAUUACAUAUAUAUAUAUAUAUAUAUAAAUAUAUGUAAUUUUGGGGGCCCUGUUCCUUGCACAUUUUACAGUUACCUCAUUUUUCCCAUGUAUGUAUUUGAGAAAAUGCUAAUAUAUAGAGAAAAGAUGGUUCUUAAAGCUUAAAUGUGUGGUUUUUUCCAUUCCAUUGGAUUCACAUUGGUUUGUAGCAUUUAACAUAACUAGUAUGUUGUAUUAUAUAUAUGUGUAUACUGAUUGAAAUUUUUAACAGAUUUGUACUUUUUUUAAAAUGAAAGUUGCUAGUUCUGCUUGACCAAGUAGUGCAAUCAUUAUUUUUUUUAAUAUUGUUGCUGAUUUCAGAGGGAUAUU